AUGUCAGGAGACGAAGUUCAGCUUACCCCAGAAUCACCAAGCACCCCCACAAAGCCUCCCCUGUGUCAAGCCACACUCGAUGGAACUCGGUCACCACUGGGUAGCGCUUCGGACGCUGGUGUCAUCUCGUCCCCUCCCUCACCGACAGAUACUCUGUUCAGCCCCACAGGUUCAACCACCACUGAUAUCACGGAUGACUAUGGAUGGCAGACUCCAGUCAAAGGUCGACAAGCACUGUCGACUACACUAAACACAGACAACCUCGAAUCUGCCCAAGGUGAAGAAAAUGCCGAAUCGGGGGGAGAUGAGGCUCGAGCCGGACACACACAAACCUUCAAGACGCAUUCCCUAACCAAGCCGUGGGGACGGGCGAAGAGAGCAAAUAGCUUGGAUCUCAAACUCAGCAUUUCUUCUCUGUAUUCAGAGAAUGUCAGCAAGGCGUUGUUAAGCAAGCGAAAGGAAAGUUCAACUUCCCCUGUCGAUAGUAGUGCAUGGGUCUCCGACCACGCGAAAUUCCCUGAGGGAAUAACAUGGCCACCCACACAGGCCGGACAGAAGACAUCGAAGCGAUCGCGGCACACCAAGAUCGAGUACUGGACAUCAGAACAGGCGAGGAACAUCAGUACAGAAUUUUCGGGAGAAGGGGCAUGGAUUCUCAGACCAAGAGCAGCCAGCGAUGUUGGUGGUGGGAGGAAAUCCGAUUUGGAUCCAGUAGUAUCCUUCACGCAGGAUCAAUGUGCUGACCAAACUUCGUCAUCCAAUCUAAUCAUACCGAGCAUCACCAUUUCCCCUCCAGAAGAUGAUCAGAUUGACUCAGCCCAGAUUAUGAACGACCAACAUAAUCCUCAUAGCAAGAGCAUGCCACCGGGAGACGGCACAAUCCAAGUCGCAUUGACUCUCCUCUCCACUCAGUAUUCUUCCACGUCCGCCAAAGACCAAGAUGGCAUCCAAAAGUCUCUUUACAAGAUUAUACCGCUUGAGAUUCGCAAGCGUUUGAGAGAGGACGACCAACACUGCCCAGCAUGGACAACAAAGGGCUUGCGAUGCAGGAAGCCGCACAGAGCAAAUGUCUCACGCGUUACGCAUUUGCUAGACACCUUGACUGCCAUCAAACCCAGUCAAGUAUUCCAAUGCAUGAGUGAUCUAAUCACUGUUGCAUUAUGUUCUUCGUCACACCAACGUGUCGCGCGGAAGGAGCUAGAAACCUGGCGAAAAGACAUCGACAAGCUACACGACAUUCAGCAAGACCAAAGACACAUUGCCUCUCAUACAAAUCAACGCAUUUUAGCCCUUGCCGACUGGAUGAGCACUCUUAGUGGUGCGGGAAGUUUCUCCAAGAAAGUAGAAACGCCCCCACCACCAACAACCAAAGAGAGCAUCCCCAGCAACAUUCCGCAAGUAUUCACCUUGAUCCAAAAGUUCAGACCCCACGUUACCGGUGACUCGGUACGUUUGUCUGUUUCGGAAGCCCUCGAGAAGCUUUUGAUCAAGCCCCUCAUGGACAGCGAGAUCAAGAGGGUAGGAAGCGUAUAUGUUUACUGGCAACCAGGGAAUUUCGGACACCUCAAGAUCGGCUAUUCAAAGGACAUUGGCAAGCGAAUAACGGCAUGGAGCAGCCAGUGCAGCAAGCCGAUGGAAGUGUACUAUCCAAAACGGGGCAGCGACGAGGAGUCUCUUCAGGUCAGCCAUGUCUGCCGCGUGGAAAAGCUAGUGCACAUGGAGUUGAAGAACUACAGACGGGCCGAGGAACAGUGUCCGGGGUGUGGAAAAAGGCAUAUCGAAUGGUUUGAGGUCUCACGCCACCUUGCGACAGAAGUCGUGCGCAAGUGGAUGGCUUGGAUGCGAACGUCUCCGUAUGAGCAGCGAACAUGCGGAGGGACAACCGAGUGGGUAUUGAAAGACGAACAAAGGAGGAAAUUAAGGGAUCUAUCGCAACCGCUCCACGAUAUUGCAAUUUCCCGCCAGAAUGUGGAGAAGGGGGAGAGAAAAAAUCGCUACCUGAACGACUUCUCUUCCCCUUCCCCUCUACACCCACGAUCUCUCACAUUCUACGUUCAUGAGACGCACUACAUCCUACCACUACAAUCGUUAUCAGUCACUCGUUCAACAUACAAGAUGGAGUUCCAGUCUCAGAUGGCCCAAUACUCCCUUGACGACAUGAUGAUCGACGAUGCCAGCGCAUCACUAGACAGCUGCAUGGACAAGCACCCCUACGAUCUCAAUGCAACAUACAAUGAGGCCCUGGGCUGUAUCAUGCCUCCCAGCCCACCAUCCACAGACGACAUCUCAGACACAGAAUCAGAAGCAGCGACAGAAGUCGUAGAAGAGAUAGAGCUCAGAAGGGCCCUGCCCUCCCGUCUAGAAGUCACCUUCACCACGCCAAUAGACGGCGUUGACCCAUUGCAACGCAAGCUAUCCAGGCUUACGAUCAGGACUCGCGAACGCGUUCUGUAUUUCUUGUCUCUGUACGGUAUUUUCAUUCAAUAUGCCUUGUAUCCCACUGAGGAAAGCGGGAUCCAGGGUGUACACGAUGCUCUGCCUGUCGUGCUCCUGGUAUCGAGGGAGAAUAUGCCUGUGUCAAUGUGGAGGAAAGGAGUGAAGCGCGCGUACGAGUAUCUUGUGGACGUUGAGGGCUUUCCGGCCAUCGAGAUACCCGUGUCGGGACAAGAGGCUCGAUCCGAUGAUGGAGUGGACGAGCGGAUGAGCCGUGAGUGCAAGGUGUAUCUUGCAAAGCUAGUUGCUCGUGAGUCCUGA